ACACCCAUUAAAACAUGCAAAACUUUUUAGGCGAGUGCGCUGCUUUCAUCUUUUUGCUGCUUUGCUGCAAGAUCCAUGAUUUGUCUCAAUUGGAGACUCCGAUUAUCUCCCUCCCCAGAAACCAUUAGGGUUUAACCUAUGGUAAAUGGUAGUAAGUUUCAGAAUUUUGAAGUUUUUAUGUGACUGAAUGCUGUGGUACUUCUAUUCUACUGACUUUUGUCUGCUGAAGAAAAUUUGGGGAAGUGGGUUUUUUAUUACAUAUAGUGAGGUUUAUUUGGAGUUUUUUAGGGCGUGUGAUUUAGAUGGCGAGUUCUCCGUUUGAGGUGGAGGAUACAGAUGAGGAUUUCUUUGACAGAUUGGUUAAUGAUGACAUUGACUUUAUUGAAUUUGUGCAUAAACCGGUACAGAAGAAAGAGUUUGUCGAUGUCAAAGCUUUUUCGAAAUUGAGUAUUUCGGAAGUAGAUCCGGUGGGAGUAGACACCAGCGGCAAUGCUAGUCUUGGGGUUAAUGGUGAAUUGGGUCAUGAAGAUGGGGUUGUAGUGGAACAGUCUGAUCCCGUACGGGACCCUGUAGUUGUUAAAGAGAGUGAGUCACUGAUAGUGGAUUCUAGAAAUAAGGCUAGUGCAUCAGAUGAUAUAGUUGAUAAUAGAAAUGGGGCUAGUGCUCCAGAUGAUAUAGACGAUAAUAGAAAUGAGCCAACUGAGUUAGAGGAUAAAGCAGGUAAUGGAAAUGAGGCUAAGUCAUUGGAGGAUAAAGCAGGUAAUGAAAAUGAGGCUAAUGAAUUGGAGGAUAAAGGGGAGGAAGGUUCAGUAAAUGGGAUGGUGAAUACGAGUUUGGCAUCAGUGGGAUCUGGUGUGAAAGUAGCUCAGUGGAGCUCGUUUUCUGGUGAAUUUGGAGAUGUCUCAGUGGACCCAUUUGCAAUUUUGGGCAAUACAGACAAAUUGUGGGCUGAGUCUAAUGUCACUGAUAUUGCUUCGGAGAACUCAGUUCCUGAUUUAGGUGUUUCUAGUUAUGGCCAGCACCAAGAAGGUCAGCACUAUGGGGUUGUUGAGGGACAAAUUUUAGAUGGGCAGGACUUGAAUACGAGUUUGGCAUCAGUUGGAUCACGUUUGAAAGAAGUUCAAUGGACUUCGUUUAACUCAGAUUGGAAUCCUUCUGGUGACUUUGGAGAUUUCUCCGCAGACCCAUUUGCAAAUUUGGGUAAUACAGACGAAUCCUGGGCCAUGUCUAAUGUCACUGAUGGUGCCUUGGAGAACUCAGUUGCUGAUGUAGGCAUUUCUAGUUAUGGGCAGCAACAAGAAGGUCAGCACUAUGGGGCUGUUGAGGAACAAAAUACAGAUGGCCAGGAGUUGAAUAGUAGUCAGAAUUGGGAUAACCUUUAUCCGGGAUGGAGGUACGAUCCAAAUACUGGGCAAUGGUAUCAGUUGGAGGGCUAUGAUGUGAAUGCAAAUGCAAGUACAGAUUUGAACACUAAUGAAAAUGCUCAGGAGAGUGUUAAUGUGCAUUCUCAAACUGCAGAUAAUGUGGUUUUUUCAGACCAGAAAGCAGAUGCUUAUUAUUUACAGCAACCAGCACAAUCUGUUCCUCAAAGUGUGGCCCAGGGAUCUGAAACUAGUGCUGUUACUGACUGGAAUCAGCAUUCUAAUGGGAGCACGGACUACCCUGCCCAUAUGGUUUUUGAUCCCCAAUACCCUGGGUGGUACUAUGACACAAUUACCCAAGAAUGGAAGCAGUUGGAGUCUUCCACUCCAGCUUUUGACCAGUCAACAACUGUGGAGUAUAAUCAGCAAUUUCACAAUUCAAAUGUGGAGAAUCAUGGUUCAGAUGUUGCAAAUUGGGAUGGAUCUAUGAGCACCUACAAUCAGCAAAAUGCGAGUAUGUGGCAUAAUCAAACAGUUUCUGCAAGUGACACUAUUAGUGUUACUGAGACACAGCAGUAUACGACCCAGUAUUUUUCAACCGGGCAUCUAACCAGUUCUGUGAAUCAACAACCAGGGUUCAAUCCUUCUGGAUCAGUUGCUCUUAGUCAACAGGCAAGUCAUGGCUACAACUUUAGUAGCGGGGUUGGAGGGUUUGAAGGCUUUAAUCCUUCUGGAAACUUAUCUCAUCAUCAGCAUCAGGCUAAGGAGCCAAACCAAGUGACAUACUUCUCACCUGCUAACUUUGAUAGUCAGAAGCCAGUACAAUUUUUACAGCAACCACUCCACAGUGGAACUCAGUUUUCUCAUGAGGCCAGAGCAGGGAGGUCAUCUGCAGGACGUCCUCCACAUGCUCUAGUUACCUUUGGAUUUGGUGGGAAACUUAUAGUCAUGAAAGAUUACAGCAAUAUGUAUGGAAGCCAGGACUCUGUAGGAGGUUCGAUUAAUGUUCUCAAUCUGAUGGACGUUGUCAUGGACAAAACUGAUGUUGCAAGCUUUGGAAAUGAUGGUCGUGCUUAUUUCCAUGCUUUGUGCCAGCAAUCUUACCCUGGCCCUUUGGUUGGGGGGAGUGUUGGAAGUAGGGAAGUUAACAAAUGGAUUGAUGAAAAGAUUGCAAACUGUGAAACUCCUUAUAUGGACAUCAGAAAAGGGGACCAUUCGAGGUUGCUUUUCUCUUUACUAAAAAUAGCAUGCCAGUAUUAUGGAAAACUUCGAUCUCCCUUUGGCACUGAUGUAGCAUUGAAGGAAUCUGAUAGUCCGGAGUCAGCCGUUGCCAAGCUUUUUGCCUCUGCUAAGAGAAGCAACGAGUACAGUGCUCUUAUGUCACAGAACUUGCCUUCUGAAGCACAGAGUCAAGCUACUGCUCUUGAGGUACAAAAGCUUCUUGUCUCUGGUAGGAAGAAAGAGGCUUUACAAUGUGCACAGAAUGGUCAGUUGUGGGGUCCAGCACUCGUGAUUGCAUCACAGCUUGGUGAACAGUUUUAUGGUGAUACUGUAAAGCUUAUGGCACUAAACCAGUUAGCAGCAGGAUCACCAUUGCGGACUUUGUGCUUGUUAAUUGCCAGGCAGCCUGCAGAUGUGUUUUCAAGUGCCACUACAGAUAGCAGUAUACCUAAUUCUAUGAAUGUAUCACAACAGCAGACACAGGUUGGGGCCAAUUCCAUGUUAGAUGAAUGGGAAGAGAAUUUAGCCAUCUUAACUGCGAACCGAACAAAAGAUGAUGAGCUUGUUAUCAUCCAUCUUGGAGAUUGCCUAUGGAAGGAAAGGGGACAUGUAUAUGUUAACACUCCUGCACACAUAUGUUAUCUGGUUGCAGAAGCCAAUUUUGAGGCAUAUUCAGACAGUGCAAGACUCUGUCUUAUUGGUGCAGAUCACUUGAAAUAUCCACGAACAUACGCCAGUCCUGAGGCUAUCCAGAGGACAGAAUUAUACGAACACUCAAGGGUUCUCGGAAAUUCUCAGUUUCUCCUACUACCUUUUCAGCCCUAUAAGCUUAUUUAUGCCCACAUGCUGGCAGAAGUUGGCAAAGUUGCAGAUGCCUUGAAAUACUGUCAAGCAAUUUUAAAGUCUUUGAAAUAUGGUCGAGCACCUGAAGUGGACACAUGGAGACAGUUAGUGUCAUCUCUGGAGGAGCGGAUAAGAGCCCAUCAGCAGGGUGGUUACAGUACGAAUUCAGCUCCAACCAAACUGAUGGGUAAAUUGCUUACAUUAUUUGAUAAUACCGCUCAUCGUGUUGUUGGAGGCCCGCCCCCACCUGCACCUUCAAUAUCACAAGUCCUUGCCCAACGUAAUGAGCAUGCUCAGCAACCAGGAGGCCCAAGUGUAUCCAGUAAUCAAUCAACUAUGGCUAUGCCUUCGUUUAUGCCAGGCCCAAGUUUACCCAAUAGUCAGUCAACAAUGGCUGUGUCUUCGUUUAUGCCAGGCCCAAGUGUGCCCUAUAGUCAAUCAACAAUGGCCGUGUCUUCGUUUAUACCAGGGCCAAGCGUAUCCAAUAGUCAGUCAACAAUGACUAUGUCUCCGUUGAUGCCUUCAGCAUCGAUGGAGCCAAUAAGCGAAUGGACUGCUGAGGGCAAUCAACUGAAUAUACCCAAUAGAAGCAUAUCGGAACCAAACUUUGGGGGGUGCCCAAAUAAGGUUGAUUCGUCCAAGAAAGUGGAAUCUUCUAAACCACGAGAAAAUGAAUCAACAUCUAGCGGGUCAUCUCGUUUUGGUUUUGGCAUAUUUCAAAAGACUCUGGGAUUUGUGAAAAGAUCCCGGCAGGCUAAAUUGGGUGAAAAGAAUAAAUUUUACUAUGAUGAGAAACUUAAGCGAUGGGUUGAAGAAGGUGUUGAACCUCCUGCCGGAGAAGCAGCCUUACCACCUCCACCACCAACUGCAGCCUUCCCGAAUAGAAUGCAAGAUUACAAUAUAAAUGAUGCACUGGAAACCAAAAGUUUCCCUGCAGUUAAUGGGCCACAAAUCCCAAGCCUGGUGUCCCCUGAACCGAGUUCUGGAAUACCACCCAUUCCACCGAGUUCCAACCAGUUCUCCGCACAUGGACGUACGGGUGUUCGCUCAAGGUAUGUUGAUACAUUCAACAAAGGCGGCAGGGUGCCAACAAACUUAUUUCGGUCACCAUCUCUUCCAUCUGCUAAACCUGGGGGUGGUCCCAAACCCAACAUUUUUUUCCCGGCUCCAGUAACUUCCUAUGAGGAGACGGUUCAAACACCUGGAGAAAGCAUACAAGAGCCAUUGGUGACCAACAUCAAUCCCCCAAAAUCAUUUGAGGGUGAAUUCUCUACUCCACAAACAUCAACUUCGUCUUCAAUGACUAUGCAGCGGUUUCCUAGCAUGGAUAACAUUGUACAAAAGAGAGCAGGAGACAUGGGAAAUGGCAAUAGCUUUGCACCCCCUGAAUCCCGCCGUGCAGCAUCGUGGAGUGGAAGCCUUAAUCAUGCUAGCAAUCCAUCUAUAAGGAGUGAAAUCAAACCUCUAGGAAGACCGCUUGGUAUGUCUCCAUUGUCACAAAUGCACAAUAGUCCGCCAUCAUCGAUGCAGCUUCCAAGUAGUGGCGGCAGUUUAGGAGACGACCUUCAAGAAGUUGAACUCUGAGGUAUAUGGAAUAGUUGUAAAUCUAUAGAGUUGCAUUAAACGGGGGUGUUACAACGGGAUCCUUGUGCAAGAUUGGUGAUGGCACAUAUGGGAGUUGAGGUUUUUGUUGGAAGUCCCUUUACCACCCCCAUUAGAGGAGAGUUACAUAUGUCUACCUGAAGCCAACGGUUAGUUUGAAUGCCCUGAUGAAAACACAAUGUGGGCAGCCAAUUUUCGAAGGGAAAAUCGCGUAUCGUAAUUGCAUAUACAAGAUAUACCAUUUCUACCUUUCAAGAUGUUAUUCAGAAUUUUGCCAAAUCAAUAAAGGGUACUGAAAAGGAAAGUCUGAAAUUUCUUCUUGUAUAAAUUUUUUUUUAUUCAUUUCUUGUUCUUUAAAACCACCGCAUCUGCAACCAUUUAGUAUUACAGUGUAGUGAUAUUCCUUUUCAUCUGUAAGUAAGGUCUUAAAUCUGAUUCUUUUCAAAUGCAAAUUUGAACAAUAUUAUUGCUAGCUCAUUGUGAAGCUGAAUACAUUCA